GUUGUUACCGACGCAAGUUGUGUGCAAUGGUGGAUGCGGAUUGUGGAGGCCGCUUGUGCGUGCCGUCAAACUGCUGAUCAAGAAGCCGCGCUUUUUCCCAAUAAUUAUCGCGACAGUGUGAGAUCAUAAAAAGCCAGUGUGAGAGCAAUCAAAAUAGCAAGUUACGCGAAGUGUUAUAGGCGCCGCGAAGCGUCGGGACGCCACGAAUCCCGUAUUUCGCGCAUUUGACACGGGAACGAGUUGCCGCGAAAGCCGCCACGGGCACGACUAACCUGCCCCAAACAAAACGUUCAUCGUCCCGGGUAAAAAAACGUGAUAAUUUAUAAUAAUAUAUCACCAAGUGUGUAAAUCGAAAAAAAGUUGAAUUUUAGCCUCCUGGUAGAGUAAGUACCAGGGCGGUAAACAUCACCAGAGUAAAUAACAGCCAGUGCUUUGGUGUGCGUGAACCGAAAAAAAAUACAGACAUUAUCAUAGAAUCCUGGUAAAAGAAAGCCUGAAAUAAUAUCCAUCACCAGCCUCAACCACAAGGAAUAGAGUACCUCUUACUCGCUAGGUUAGAUCCUCUGGUGAAUUUGAAGAUCCACCUCAGAAAGUCUCUUGGUUGAAGCAUAUUAUAUUGCCCGGCAAGGUUUUUCAACUCAAGCUAUAUCACAACGUUUCUAUAGUUCUUGCAAUUCCAGAGGAUAGUUUAACGAGAGUGAGUCUAACGUGGUUCCGUUAUUUAUCACGUAUUUCCGAGUAAAACAACUAGAACGAUCAAACUAGGCGGACUAUCAUAUCUAGAGGGAGGUUCGUGCUCUAAGGGUAACACGCCAGUGUGUUGUGUAUGUAGAGGCGGCAUGAAAAAAUGAUGUGAUCGACGGUCAUCAUCAUGGCGGCACCCAUGUUAAAGUGGAAGCGGAUCACAAAUCCGACCGGGCCCCAGCCUAGACCGCGCCAUGGGCACCGGGCGGUAGCUAUUAAAGACCUUAUGGUCGUGUUCGGCGGUGGUAACGAGGGAAUCGUCGACGAACUCCAUGUCUACAAUACUGCAACCAACCAGUGGUUUGUCCCUUCUACAAAAGGUGACAUUCCACCAGGAUGUGCUGCCUAUGGCUUUGUGGUGGAUGGAACAAGAAUCCUUGUUUUUGGUGGGAUGGUGGAAUAUGGCAAAUAUUCAAAUGAGUUAUACGAACUCCAGGCAAGCCGCUGGGAGUGGAAAAGGCUGAAACCCAAACCACCAAAGCAUGACCAGCCACCAUGUCCAAGGCUUGGGCACAGUUUUACACUUAUUGGCAACAGGGUAUUCCUUUUUGGAGGAUUGGCUAAUGACAGCGAUGACCCAAAAAAUAAUAUACCAAGAUAUCUAAAUGACCUCUACACCUUGGAGCUUCAACCAAAUGGUGUGACAGUAUGGGAUGUACCACAGACUCAUGGGCAUGCACCUCCCCCUCGUGAAUCCCACACUGGAGUAGCGUACACAGACCGCACCACAGGAAAAUCCUGUUUAGUCAUCUACGGAGGGAUGAGUGGAUGCAGACUGGGUGACCUAUGGUUCCUUGACGUAGACUCUAUGACUUGGAAUAAACCUGUGGUCCAUGGGCCAACACCACUGCCACGUUCUUUGCACACUGCCACUUUGAUUGGUCACAGAAUGUACGUCUUUGGUGGUUGGGUACCUCUUGUGGUCGAUGAGGUGAAGGUGGCCACACAUGAAAAGGAGUGGAAGUGCACCAGUACCUUGGCUUGCUUGAAUUUAGAAACACUGACGUGGGAGCAAUUGACUGUCGACUCCAUGGAGGAAAAUGUACCACGAGCUAGAGCCGGCCACUGUGCCGUAGGUGUGCACAGUAGACUUUACGUAUGGUCCGGUAGGGAUGGAUAUCGCAAGGCUUGGAAUAAUCAGGUUUGCUGUAAGGAUUUGUGGUAUCUCGAAGUAAGCAAACCACCAGCACCUUCGAGGGUACAGCUGGUACGAGCAUCCACACAGUCUCUGGAAGUCAGUUGGACGGCUACACCAUCGGCGCAGUACUACAUACUCCAGAUACAGAAAUAUGACAAAGCACCUGCAACAGGAACCUUCCCUGCAGCCGCAGCACCAGCACCAGUUCCUCCAGCACCAGCAGUUGCAGUACCAGCACCUAUUCCCGUUCCAGUUUCCACGGCGCCUUUAUCUACCUUAGCACCACUUCCAUCGGCACCGACUGUUGUGAGGGCAACAAUUGCCCAGACUCCUGUUAGGAUACAAACAACUGUUCAGAGUCCUGUACAGAAGCCAGUUGUACCAACACCAGCUGUGCCGAAAGCUGCAAGUCCUAUGACUCCUAGGGUAGCAGGGAACCUCAUAAGAAUCAGGUCACCUUUGGUUACGUCAGUGGCAUCUACAACGGACCAAACACCAUCUCCAUCUAGCACAACAACAGCUGGACAAUCACAGUCACCCAUGUCCGGCAUAGCUGCACUCGCAGCUGCAGCUGCGGCCACUCCCAAGAUCAGUAUGAACAAUGUGCCCAUAUUACCCCAGGCAGCGGGUAACACUAUAAGGAUGAAGAACAUGCAACCCGGACAGCAAAUACGUUUUGCUGCACCACCAGGUGCAACAGUUCUUCGCACAGCUUCGCCUCAACAAAGUAAGCAGAUCAUACUUCAAAAACCUGGACAGAAUAUAUCCGGCCAGCCUCAGAUAGUUCACCUUCUGAAGACCGGUCAAGGUAUGGUAGCAACUGUGCCUAAGGUCAGCUUGAUACCAGGAAAAACCGUUCAGACUGCAGGUGCGAAACCCUUGAACCAAGGUCCUACGAUAUUGCGACUGGUGAAUCCUAACACAGUGGCAGGUUCUAAGAUCCUGACCACGAUGAAGACGUCCAGUAUAGUAGCUAUGAGUAAAGGGCAGAGUAUUACCGGAAAACAGACGAUAAUGAUAACGAAACCAGGUGGCAAUGGAGGAUUGGUUGGUAGAACUAAUCAAAUUAUAGUAGUGACAACAGGCUCAGGCUUGAGAGCAGUUCAGGCUGUAACGACUUCGCAGGCUGGUGCGGGUCAGGGUGGUAACCUGACGACUCCAGUUAAUGUGUUGCCACUAUCAGCAACAAAUCAUGUAACGAAUCAGCAGGGAGUUAAGAUGAUCGUGGUGUCUUCUGGUGCUAUGGCUGGCGGUACUGCUGGUAAACCUAUAACGAUUACAGUCCCUGGCCAGGGUGGCGUACCAAAGACAGUGACAAUUGCUACAAAAGGAAGUCAACAGGCCAUUUUUAAUCCUGGCAAGAGUCAAAUAAUGACUGUACCUCAGAUGCAAAAGGCACCUGAAUCCAUGACGGUGGCCGGAAAACCGGUUACCUUACAGAUGUCUGGUGGAAUUGGCCCUAAAACGGUGACCUUGAUGCCAUCGAGUAGCUCCAUAGUGACGACGGCUGGAACGUCUGAUUCCAUUGACACCAGUAAAAUGAUAUUCGUACCGUCGCAGAAGCAGCCGUCAGCAUCCUUAGCAUCGACGUCAGAUGGACCCGCAACAACGGACGCUGCUCUGGCUGCCCUAGCAGCCGAGGCUGGACUAAUAGAUCCUGUACAGGAAUCCUCCGGAGGGUUAUCUUUUAUGGUGGCAGCGGAUGAUCCUUCUGGAGCUGAUGGUAAAGGGGAUAGUUGCAAUGGAAACGAAGCGGCAACUGCUGCUGCACUAGUCUCCCAGUUGGGAGCAGGGGAACCAAUGCAGGUCGAUAGCGAUGGAAACUUCAUUAUUCCUCAGGUUGACGGACCUGGAGACUUUCUUUUGUCCGGAGAUGAGAACGAGGAUUUCGAUGACGAUCCUCCUCUGGAUGAGACAGCGGAAUCUCCUCAGGUUGAUGUUUCUGGAGAUAUGGAAGAGGACGUGGGACCCUCUACCAUGGAGGAUGAUAUACACAUAGAAGAAUCUAAAGAGUCGGAUAAUAAUGACGUUGCACAAGCUCCAGAGGUAGACACAUCCACUGAGGAACUUCCUGUAGAAUCGGAGGGAGCUGCGGAACCAGAAUUGGCAACUAGUGAAUUAAACACAGAAGCUACCAGCGAGCCGGAGCCACCUAGCGAGAGUGACAUGCAAAUAGUUAGUACUCCUUCGUCAGGGGACGCUUCCGUUAAAUCAGAGUUAUCUACGCAACCUGCACAGGAAGCUACGGUAGAUCAGAAUGCAGUAGUAUCGGAAGCGAUAGAACCUUCAGAGGAAUCGGAACAUUUGCAUGAUGAUCAAGGAGGCAUUACAAUGGAUUCUUUGGGGGAUGAAAAAUCACCCAGUAGCACACAUGAUCCUAUAGAAAAUCCUGCGUCUCAGGAAUCUCAGACGUCUCAAGAUGACACUGAAGUAGACGAAAAAAGUGACGGUGAAUUAGAGGAACCAGAACUCCCUAAAGACACUUUAGGAUUAGAGGAUGAAAAGCCGGAAGACGAUGAACCAAUGCUGGAUGCAUCGUUAAACCAAUCGGAAGACGCUAUAUCUGCUUUACCAUCAGUUGCGGCAUCAUCAAUCAAAACGGACGAUCAAAAUGAACCCAUGGACCAGGACAAGGAAACACUUCCAGCUACGAAUGGUGUCGCCAGUGUGGAAAAGGAUCUGGAAUCUUCCAAAAAUGUAAAACAGAUCAUAUCCCAGGAUAUUAAAAAAGAGAAUGAGGAAAUAAAACGCGAGAAGGACAAUGAUACAAGACCGGAAGGUGGUGACGACUCCACUGCUUUGACGACAUUAGCGACAGCAGCGCUGGGAUCUGCCGAACAGCCAGUUAAAAUAAAAGCAGAACAGACCGAAGAAGAGAAAAAGGACAUGGAAUGGUAUGACGUUGGAAUAACGAAAGGAACCACAUUCACAGUACAGCAUUAUUAUCUUCCUGGAGAAGAGCCAUUAGACGUAACACAGCCCUUACCCGCUGAUGUCUUUAAGGGCAGGACCAAGAUAGUUUUGGAACCCGGUACCGCCUAUAAAUUCCGAGUUGCAGCUGUGAACAGUUGUGGUAGAAGUGCCUGGAGCGAGCUCUCAGCGUUCAAGACGUGUCUGCCCGGAUUUCCGGGUGCGCCGAGCGCUAUAAAAAUAUCAAAGUCUGCGGAAGGUGCCCAAUUAUCCUGGGAACCACCACCGAGUAAUCUAGGGCCCAUCCUCGAAUACUCGGUAUACCUGGCAGUGCGUAGUGCUAGUGCGGUGUCGAACAGUGCCGGAGAGGCGACAACAGUAGCAACGACGCCGACGCAACUGGCUUUCAUUAAAGUUUACUGUGGUCCCACGAAUGCCUGUUCGGUGUCAAACAAUUCACUGAGUGCUGCUCACGUGGAUGUCACAACGAAACCAGCCAUUAUAUUUAGAAUAGCUGCACGAAACGACAAAGGUUAUGGACCAGCGACUCAAGUCAGGUGGUUGCAAGAUCCCACUACAGCCGUUAAGGCUAACCCACAAGUUAAGAGACCAGGAACAGAUGUGCGUUCGCAAGCGAACUCACCUCAGAAGAAAGUGAAGCCGGAAACCGCAGAUAAUUUUUCGUGAACGGUUCGGUCAAGUGGUUCUCGAACACCGAACGAGGGCCAGAAAUCAUCAUCAUCCCUCGGGAGAGCAGCCCCACGUAACUCAUAAAGAAAUUGUACUUUAAAGAAAGAGAGUUAAAAUAAUGCGACAAAGGGAGAGAAAAAAAUAAGAGAAGAACGAAUAUAUCAGAGUGAUGAACACGGUGGGAAUUAUAAAUAUAUUCAAGGAGAGAAUGAUAUGGGACGAGGAGAGUUCUUUUUAGCGAAUGGAAAAGUCUAAAGGGAAAAUAUGAAAAUUUUCAUUUUAUGAAUAUUAUUAAAUAAUUGUGAGGGAUAAGAAAUCGAGAAGGGGUCACGUGAUGUCCAUAGGUCUCAUUGGACCGCAUAUGCGCCUUUUCUCUGUUUCGCGCAUUAUUUUCUUCUUUACUCUGUAGAGCCUCAAGCCAGCUAUAAGAGAAUUCAUAUGUCGUUUAAUAAAAACAGCUAAGAAAGUUAAUUAUA